AUGGUUUACACUGCGUCGUUUGCGUUCUUCGAGGCCCUCUGGGAGGCCGGAGUCUCUCAUGUCUUUGUCAACCUGGGAUCGGACCACCCCUCCAUCCUUGAGGCCAUGGUCAAGGGCCAGAAGGAGAAGAGAGACGCAUUCCCCAAGAUUAUCACUUGUCCUAACGAGAUGGUCGCCCUCUCCAUGGCCGACGGCUACGCUCGCUUGACCGGAGAACCACAAUGUGUCAUCGUUCACGUCGACGUCGGAACGCAGGGACUAGCAGCAGCAGUUCACAAUGCCUCGUGUGGUCGGACACCGGUGUUGAUCUUUGCGGGGCUCUCGCCUUUCACGAUUGAGGGGGAGAUGCGCGGUUCUCGCACCGAAUACAUCCAUUGGAUUCAAGAUGUUCCUGAUCAGAAGCAGAUUCUGUCGCAAUACUGCCGUUAUGCUGGGGAGAUCAAGUCGGGGAAGAAUGUUAAGCAGAUGGUUAACCGGGCGCUGCAAUUCGCGACGAGCGAUCCUAUGGGUCCGGUAUACUUGGUCGGUGCGCGUGAGGUGAUGGAGGAGGAAAUUGAGCCGUACCAGCUCGAUCAAGGUGUUUGGGGAUCUGUGGCGCCAUCUGCUUUACCGGCUGAAGGUGUCCAGUUGAUCGCGUCCGAGCUGGCGGCUGCUCAGGAGCCAUUGGCUAUUGUCGGCUAUUCGGGUCGACAUGCCAGGGGUGUGACUGAAUUAGUCAAGCUAGCAGACACUUUCAAGGGUCUGCGUGUCCUUGAUACAGGUGGCUGUGACAUGUGCUUCCCCGGAGACCACCCGGCGUCAUUGGGCUUACGCUACGGUAUUCACGAUGCUAUCAAAACGGCAGAUUUCAUCUUGGUCGCGGAUUGUGAUGUGCCUUGGAUCCCAACUCAAUGCAAGCCGUUGGAUUCGGCCAAGAUUAUCCAUGUCGAUGUCGACCCGCUCAAGCAGCAGAUUCCUGUUUUCUACCUCCCAUCUAUGGCUACAUUUCGCGCAGAGUCGGCCACUGCGUUCAAGCAAAUCAACGAAUACGUCGCUUCCAACGAGUCCUUGAAGCAAUUUUCCAACUCUGCAGAGAAUACUGAGUUCGGCAAGCGCCGAGAAGAGGCGUUCCAAAAGACCCGCCAAAGCGUCGCGCAACUGGCUUCCGUGCCUGAUGGCGGAGACGGUGCCCCAUUGAACGUGUCCUAUCUCAUGUCCCAAGUCCGAUCCGGAUGCCCAACCGACACAAUCUGGGCCAUUGAAGCAGUGACUCUGAGCGGAUUCGUUUCUGAUCAAAUCGCCGCAACACUUCCCAAAUCCUGGCUCAACUGCGGUGGUGGAGGUCUCGGUUGGUCCGGCGGUGGUGCACUGGGAAUCAAGUUGGCAACAGACCUUGAAAACGGUGGCACAAACAAGGGCAAGUUCGUUUGCCAGGUCGUUGGUGACGGAACCUUCCUCUUCUCCGUUCCUGGAUCUGUCUACUGGAUCUCCCGCCGCUACAACAUCCCAAUCCUAACCAUCGUCUUGAACAACAAGGGCUGGAACGCUCCUCGGAGAAGUAUGUUGCUUGUCCACCCCGAGGGCGAUGGUUCGCGGGCUACCAAUGAAGAGCUCAAUAUCUCGUUCGCUCCGACACCCGACUACGCAGGUAUUGCACGGGCUGCUUCUGGUGGAGAAAUUUGGGCUGGCCGUGCUGCUACUGUGGCUGAUCUCGGGCGGUUGUUGCCGGAAGCUAUCAAGAGUGUGCAGAGCGGGACCACGGCUGUUUUGGAGGCGCAGCUUGACGGGACGGCGGGCAAGUAUGUCGAGAAGUAG